AUGAGUGGCAUCGAUCCAAAGACCACCAGCCUCAUUACCGAGCAUCUCACAUUCACCCCGCUCGAAGUUGUCGACGAUAUCAUCAAUGCUGCUAACGAGUCUGUAUACGGCACUGUCCAGCAGCUUGAAAAUUACCUCCGUUCAUCCGGUCCCUCGGCUUUAGGCUACGUCGCCGAAGGCUCCAUCGCUGAAACUGACGAGGACGGGAAGGAGCUUUUUGACGAUGUGGCCAUGAAUGAGAUCCAGCAGGGCCUGCACAUGCUAGAAAUGCUCAUGGAGAGCAAGGUUGACAAAGCUUAUGAUCAAUUCGAGAACAUAAACCUGAUCAAAGCCACUUCCAUCAACCCGGAAAAAGACGUAACCCCCGAAUCCCUCGCACAAACUCGCCGUCAACUCCAAGAAACAACAGCUCUCCAUAGAUUUCUCAAAGCCGAUGUAUCACGCAAUGAUAAAGUCUUGAGAUCCUUACGUAGUCUUCUGAAUCCUACUUCAACAGACGAUAGCCCUCUUGCCUUCCUGCUCGACCCGAACAGCACGGCUAAUGAUAUAAAAUCCUUUGGCGAAGAUACGGAGUUCGCAGCAGUGCAAGUUAAGGAAUUGCACCGAGUUGUCGCUGAGCUCAAGAAACAGGCAAUUGAUGUUUUCGGCGAGAAUGGCGAAGGUGAUGCCAUGGAUUUAGACGCGCCUGUGUCAGGUGGUUUGAGGGAAAAGCAAUGGAACCGAGCAUUGUACGUCGAAAAAAUGAGCAGGCGACACUUAGAAAAAGCACGUGGCCUAUCGCUCACGGAUGAGGGCGCCUUGAAGAGUGGUGGCGAUCUGCUAGGUAUCAAGAAAUCGGAGCUGGAAGUAUCCACUCUCGAAGAAGUUUUGGAAGGAUGCCCGAAGGCCCAAACUAAGCAUACGUACGUAGCAUAA